CUACCGUGACACUCCUGGACACUCCCCCUUUUGCGUCACCAAGAAAAUGGCAGCGCACUUGUGCCGGUUGCACCAUAUUUCACUUCAUGUUUCAAACGUGAAUAAAAUAGUCCAUGACCUUCGGUCAAAAUUUAACUUCGAUUUCUUUGCAGCUAGGUUAACUGAGAAGACUGGACAGUAUGCUUUUCGGAGAGGGUCGGCAGUUUUUCUUGUAAAUGAGAAGUCCAAUCCAGUAGGACAUGAGUUGAAUGAGCGUGGCAGUCAGCGUGAGUUGCCUUCCAUGUCUUCUUUUUACAAUUCUACCGAUAAUCGUGUGAGGUUUGGAGACAAAACCUCAGAUAUACGCAAACUGGACUUUCUCUAUGACCACUACCCACAUUAUUCCGUGGACACCGUGUGCAACGUCUGUUUCGAAGUAGAAGAUGUCGAGAGGUCAUUCAAUGCGCUUCGCGACCAAGGCUGUCAAAUACUCGUGCCCCCUAAGAAGGUGCAUGAUGAUAACGGACUUGUUACUUACUUCGUCGUUAAAUCUAUUGUUGGAAAUGUCUACCACACUCUACUUGAUCGGUCGAAGUACCAUGGAAUGUUCUUGCCACAGUUUGAUGAACUGGACAGCACCAGUGAAUUACGCAGCGUAGAUGCCUCACUAUGUCCAAUUACUCAUUUUGACCACAUCACCUACGCUUGUCCUAGACGGAAUACCGCUGAGGUGAUGAGGUGGUAUGAGAAACACUUCGGCUUCCAAAGAUUCUUUAUUGACAGUUUUAAUGUCUCGUCAAGCAGUAAUGAAGAUAUGAAUGAGGGCUACGUCCUAGAUCAAGACGGUGUUGGACUUCGCCUUACUGCAAUGGAGUACUGGAAAUGCAGCGAAAUGGGAAUACAACUUCCCUCUAAGAACAGGAUGGAUCCAGAUUGCAAGUUUGUUAUUGCAGAAUCAUUACCUGAACAAGGGAAGAACCAAGUUGACACAUUUUUGGAACAGCACAGAGGUCCGGGCAUCCAGCACAUUGGACUCUACACAACAGAUAUUGUGAGAACAGCACAAACCAUGGCCCAGGCUGGAGUAGAGUUCUUCACCCCUCCCCCUGCAUACUAUACUGAGGUGGGGAAACGGCAUGAAAUAGAGAGUGCGGGUCAUGACCCUCAGAUGCUGUCAAAACAUGGCAUCCUUCUGGACACAGCGCUGAACAAGGAAGCGAUGUCUCAGCCGCCCAGUGAACGAUACCUCCUCCAGAUCUUCACCAAGCCCAUUUUUGCAGAGGAUACAUUUUUCCUGGAACUGAUUGAGCGUCGUGGCGCCACAGGCUUUGGAGAAGGGAAUAUUAGAGCUUUGUGGAGAUCAGUGCAAGCAUAUAUGGAGAAUGAGAAAGAGGACACACAAAAACAAAAAUCUGAUGUGUCUUUGAAGACAGGUAAAUGCUAAAAUGCCAAUGCUAUUUUACAUCUUUAAAUAUAAUAGUGCAUGUGUACAAGGUACAGGCACUUUAGAAAAACACUCCUACUCCUUCAAAAUGAAUAUAUUACAGAUAAGAAGUAGAAGUUCUUUAUGUUGUGAGUUGUCACAUGUGAACGUGACCUCUGUUUUAGAAGAGUUACAAGUCUCUUACUAAAUAUGUGGCAUGUUGCAUGCUGUUUGUCUAAAGCUAUCAAUAAGAUGCUGGGUGCACUGGAAACGUAAUUGUAUUCUGUUGACAUUGUAUGUUUUAUACUAAACAUAAAUUCAAUUGUAAAUGUUGGAUGCAAGGUUGUUUAAAUAAUGCCUCAUUUGUAAAGUAGCAAUGUAAUGUCCACAGUGAAGUCUCCAUGUAAAUGAUCAGAUCACCAAAAGACCUUUUGUAAUCAGACCCAGAAGGAGUUUUGGCGAUGCCGCAGUCAGAGUGUCAGACAAGAGAGGUUGUCAACAUUUUGUUUUGUAGUGACAUCAACAUAAUGCUAAAUCAAUAAGCCUCAACAAAAUGUUUGAUCUUUGAACAAAAUCGAUUUUUUUAUGCCAGAAAAAAUAGAGGAGUUGAAAUCUAGGGUCUCAACUUGGAUUCCAGAGUUGCUGUGAGUUUGAUGUGAAACUGAUCCCCUCUAUAACAGUACUAUUUACUAGCAGGCAAGUUGGGUCUGGGAUGUACCUGUUGAAUACAGAUCCAAUACUGAAAAACACAAUAAUUUUUCUUUGCUCUUCUAUGAUAUAAAAUAUUUUGUAUCUGUAAAUUGUUGUGAGCUACUUUGAUCCUGUCAAGUAUGUAAAGAAGCAAGUUAUGAUCUUUACUCAGGGAAUGUAAGGUUUGCCACAUAUUGUACAAUACUAUGCAAACAAAUUGGACGGAAACAUUUUCAACUCUGAGCUGACCAAUGUACUUCUAAACAUUUUGGAUCAAUAUCCAGACCUUUUUCCUAAAGCCUGCUAUUUAGGUGAUAGAUGCCCUAAACUCCGUAACAUGCCUAAUAGCACAGCCUAAUAGGGCAUACCUGGGAAUUGAAUUCUGCUCGUCUGUACUUUGAUCUAUGCAGAAUUAUCUGGGCUUUAAUUGUGGUCAAGGCAACUACCGCAUGAGCUUAAUUUUGAAGUCAUUGACCAGCUAUUGAAGUACAGCUGGUUUGAUACAAGCACCAAGCCACCUGCGUGGUGUGUCGAAUGUGCUGGGGUCACCAGCCGUGUCUGAACUGCUGCUGCCCCCUAGAGCCAUUGUGUAGUAGCCCAUUCCAAAAAAAUGACAGUCAUUCUGUCAUUCUCUUCAUACUAACUGAAAUGAAUACUGUUUCUAAACAAUACUGUGAUGUUGGUGCCUCACUUGUUCUUUCAUUCCAUCAGUGUACACUUGAUUUUAAUCUUAGGUCAUUAACCUAACUUGAAGACAAAUCAAUCAAUAUGAAUAUCAAUAUGUUUGAUUGAUACUUAUUAAUAAAUUGGUUGUGCAUAUUUGUUUUUUUUGUUGUUGUUUUCAACAAAAUGGCUUGGUUGUUUUGUCUUGUCUUUAAAGUACCAUGUCUCCUUUUUCCAGUGUUGCUAGUCACAAAUAUUCAUGUUUAUGAUACCCACUUGUUAGACCGCACGUAUUAGCCAUGGUUAUGUAUAAAGUUGUGAUUUAUCACACACAGGGGUUUUCACUGUUAUGAACUGUGUGGAAUUAUCUUAAUAAAAGAUGCAAUGGUCUUAACUUCCCACUAGAUGGAACCAACAAAUAGCAUCAAUUGAAAGCC